AUUUUUUCGAGAUAUCAGCAGUUUAAGAAUUCUCUUCUAUCGGGAAAUAAGUGACUAAAGUCCCAACAUCAAAGUAUAAAUUAAAUACCAAAAAUGGCAAGUUAUAAGUUAUUUGUUUUGUUGUUCAGUUGUGCCGUCGCCGCGGUAGUCGCUAUGCCACAUAAAGAACCCUUACUUGGAGGUGAGACAAGCCUUACUGGCAAGGACUUGGACGAAGCCAAAGAAGUACUACAAACUUCUUUAACCAAACUGGCUGCUGGUGAGGAUGGACCUAAAUUUGAAAUCUUGGAAUUACAAUCAGCAACCAGACAAGUGGUUUCGGGCUCUCUUUACAAAUACGUAGUGAAGCUUGCUGAUGAAAAUGGCGCCGCGAAGGCAUGCACCGUGAAAAUCUGGUCUCAGCCAUGGUUGGAUAAUGGCAUACAGGUCACUUUCAAGUGCGACGGCCAGGACGAAGUUGUAAGAAAUCAUAGCGUUUAAGUCGUGAAAAUUUGUAUAUAUGCAUACGUAUUAUAACAUGAAUAAAAAAUAAAAUAAUGCACAGAA